AAUGGUGUCACCAAAUAUAUAUCUCAAGCGAUAAAUAAAUCAAUAGAUUGUAUGAAUCAACAAUUUUUUUUAACACCCACUAUCUAAUCAGAAACUCAAAGAUUACAUAAUCUUUUCCAAAGCGUAUAUGAAUCUCACACCACAAAUCAAUGUUCAGUGUACAUUACCUGGUAACGCGAAAACAUGUCUGAUAAAGUAGCUGUGGUUACUGGUUCCAAUAAAGGAAUAGGAUAUGCUAUAGUAAAAGAAUUGUGCAAAAGAGGAGUGGGGAACGUCUACUUGACUGCAAGAGAUGUAGCAAGAGGUAAAGCAGCUGUAGAAGAACUAAAGAAAGAAGGUCUUAAUCCACUGUUCCAUCAAUUAGAAGUUACAGACAGAGACAGUGUAAAGACAUUGGCUAAGUAUCUAAAAGACAAGCAUGGAGGUUUAGAUAUUCUUAUCAACAACGCAGGAGUCAUAGUCCAAGAUCUUUACAAUUCUACUUAUGAAGACUCUAAACGAGUAAUUGACAUUAACUACAGAAGUUUACUUAUCAUUCAAGAAAACCUAUUCCCUGUUCUGAAAGAUAAUGCCAGAGUGAUAAAUAUAUCUAGUGAUUGUGGGCAUAUUUCGAAUCUUCGGAAUUCAUAUUGGAUCAAUCGUUUAACGGCAGAAGAUUUAAAGUUAGAAGAUAUAGAUGCUUUCGUGGAUUGGUUUUUAGAUGCGGUCAAAAAUAGAAAUUUAAAACGUGAAGAUUUUGUUCAAAUGUCAAUGCUUGCAUAUAUAGUCUCAAAGAUUUCUAUGUGUGCAUUGACUAGAAUACAGCAGAAACAAGUUGGUCGCGGGAUUUCUAUUAAUUCCUUGCAUCCUGGAUUUGUGCAAACAGACAUGACAAAGCAUGUCGGAAUGUUGACUCUCGAAGAAUCAGGAAAAGCUCCUGCUCACUUAGCUCUGGAUGUGGAUCAAUCAGUGAAGGGAAAGUACUUUUGGUUCGACAAGACAGAGAAAGACUGGGCAGAUCCAAAUCAGGCAUUAUAUUGCAGAUUUGAAAUUUUUGAAAAGUUUUUAAAAGACGCAGGUGCAUUGUAAUAUGCUUUAUACACUUAUGGUAUCAAUUACAUGAUUAAUAAGUACACACAGUCGGUUACUUUCAUAUGCUUGCA